UGUGCAUCUCUUUUUAUUGAUCUGUCAAAAGCUUUUGACACUGUGGACCGUGCUGUCUUAAAGUACAGACUUUUAUGUUUGGGAAUGUCAGAUCAAGUGGUUUCCUGGUUUUCAAAUUAUUUAAGUGACAGGACUCAGUGUAUUAAAUAUGAUAGUUCGUGUUCUGAUUUUAUGAGUGUCAACAAGGGGGUGCCACAGGGUUCAAUCUUGGGUCCCCUCCUGUUCAUUAUGUACAUUAAUGACUUGGGWCARAAUGUGCCAGAUGCUAAUAUGCAUUUUUAUGCCGAUGACACAAUUAUUUACUGUUUUGGAUUGACUGUUGCUAAAGCUAUAGAAUCUCUGCAGAGAGCUUUUGAUGUUGUCCAGCACACAUUCAUGCAACUAAAGUUGAUACUCAAUGCUGAUAAGACUAAAUUAAUGCUAUUUGCAAACACCAAAAGGGUGCCUCUGAC